CAGUCCACAACACCCCGGUUUCCGCGCGAAAAGACGGCCCGCGCGCCCGAAUCGCUUAUAGCGUCCAUUGCAAGAAAAGGCACGCGCCAGGCGUUACUGUGUUGCCGUGCUGUAGUCACGAACGUUGACUGUACAACAUUUUUAACUGCUUUUAAAGCGAUUUUAUCCGUUUUUCUUACACGCUAAGCUAACUGUUUACCAUGCCUGCCAGGACUUCCCUGUCUCUGCCAGAGGAUGUCAGGAAAAGGCUACAUGUGCUGGACGGGUUCUCAGACGAGGAUCAUGUGAAAGAAAAGCUAAAGUUGGUGCACGAUUUCCUGCAUGAUGAUGCUCAGAACCAGCUGACGAGCCUGGAGGAAAAGAUGAAAAGUUCUGAGAUCUCAAAGGAGGACUACAUCUCUAAAGUAAAAGCCUUACUGGGAAAAGAGCUUGAUCUUGACAAUGGUUCACAUGUUGAUGGUGUGGAGCAGAAUGGAAAAACAAAUGGAUUCACAAAUGGUUCCCAUAAAGAUGGGGAUGGUGAAAAUUUAACUAUGGAAGUACAGGAAGAAGAGGAGGCUGUUAAGUCACCAACUGGUCCUAAAGGAAAGGGCGGACGCAGAAGCAAAGCAAAUGCCGACAGUAAAAAGUCACCAGCCAGUACAAGGGUUACAAGGAACAGUGGGAAACAGCCAACCAUCAUGUCAAUGUUCUCUAAAGUUCAAAAGCGUAAAUCUGAGGACUUGAAUGGAGAAGUUACUAAUGGACAAAAUGAAGUAAAGAAAGAGACAGAGGAAGAUGAUUCUGAGCAGUCUCGGGAAGAGAAGCGUCUCAAAGUGGACUCCAAUCUAAAUGCUGCUCAAGAAGAGUCGAAGAGCGAGAUUAUUAAGCCAGUUUCUGCUGCAAAGACGCCACCACCCAAGUGUCAAGACUGCAGGCAAUACCUGGAUGACUCUGAUCUCAAGUUCUUUCAAGGAGAUCCUGAUAAUGCGCUUGAUGAACCAGAAAUGUUAACAGAUGAGCGCCUCUCCCUCUUCGAUUCAAAUGAGGAUGGAUUUGAGAGCUAUGAAGAUCUUCCACAGCACAAGAUCACAAAUUUCAGUGUGUAUGACAAGCGUGGCCACCUUUGUCCGUUUGACACUGGACUGAUUGAGAAGAAUGUGGAACUCUAUUUCAGCUGUGUUGUCAAACCCAUCUAUGAUGACAACCCCUGCUUGGACGGUGGUGUUCCUGCCAAGAAGCUGGGUCCCAUUAAUGCUUGGUGGAUCACUGGCUUUGAUGGUGGAGAAAAAGCUUUAAUUGGUUUCACCACAGCAUUUGCAGAUUACAUCCUGAUGCACUCCAGUGAGGAGUAUGCUCCCAUAUUUGCCCUGAUGCAGGAAAAGAUCUACAUGAGCAAGAUAGUGGUGGAAUUCCUCCAGAAAAAUCCUGAUGCUACUUAUGAAGAUCUUCUCAACAAAAUUGAGACAACCGUGCCUCCUGCAGGGCUAAACUUCAACUGCUUCACUGAGGACACACUUCUGCGCCAUGCUCAGUUUGUGGUGGAGCAGGUGGAAAGCUAUGACGAGGCCGGGGACUCUGAUGAGCAGCCCAUCAUUGUUACUCCCUGCAUGAGGGAUCUGAUCAAGUUGGCAGGUGUCACUCUAGGAAAGAGCAAGCUGCUGUACUGGAGAGCUGCAAGAAGACAGGCCAUUCGCCACCCAACGAAGAUAGAGAAGGACAGCAAGGGGCCGACUAAGGCGACCACCACCAAGCUGGUCUACCAGAUCUUUGACACCUUCUUUUCUGACCAGAUAGAACAGAAUGAUAAAGAGAGUGGCGCUAAAAGACAUCGCUGUGGUGUCUGUGAGGUUUGCCAAUCACCUGAUUGUGGCAAGUGUACAGCUUGCAAGGACAUGAUCAAGUUUGGAGGAAGUGGUAAAAGCAAGCAAGCGUGCAAGCAGAGAAGAUGUCCAAAUCUUGCAGUAAAGGAGGCUGAGGAUGAUGAAAACAUUGAAGAGGAUGAUGUUCAAGUGGAAAAGGCCAAAAAGGUUUCUCAUGCUAAGAGAAAGAAGCAGACAGAGUGCAAGCUGACAUGGAUUGGAGAACCUGUGCAGACUGACUCAAGAAGGCAGUACUACACAAAGGUCUCUCUGAAUGAAGAAGUUCUGGAAGUGGGAGACUGCGUCUCUGUUUCAUCUGAGGAUUCAUCAACUCCCCUUUAUCUGGCAAGGAUCACAUCACUGUGGGAGGAUAACAAUGGAAAAAUGUUUCAUGCCCACUGGUUUCUUCGUGGGACUUACACAGCACUGGGAGAGUCUUCUGACCCCCUGGAGCUUGUCGUUGUAGAUGAGUGUGAAGACAUGCUGCUCAAUUAUGUCCAAAGCAAAGUGAACAUCAUGUACAAGGCCCCUUCUAACAACUGGUUUAUGGAGGGUGGCAUGGAUGUUGACCUCAAGGUGAUUGAAGAUGAUGGGAAGAGUUUCUUCUAUCAGUUCUGGUAUGAUGCAGAGUUUGCCCGUUUUGAGACCCCUCCCCAGACCACUCCGCCAGAAGACUGCAAAUUCAAGUUCUGUGGCAGCUGUGUUAGGACUAAGGAGAGAGAGGAGCAGGAAAUUCCUCGUGUAUUUGAACCCUUGGAGAAUAAAGAUGAAGACUCCAAAGCCUUCUAUGCUCUAGCUUGUUUUAAGGGGGAGCAGUUCAAGGUGGGAGAUGGCGUCUACCUGCUUCCUGAUUCUUUUAAUUUCAGUGUGAAACCCGCUAGUCCAGUGAAGCGCUCCCAUAGGAAGGAUGAUGUUGAUGAGGAUUUAUAUCCAGAGUAUUACAGAAAGUCAUCAGACUACAUCAAGGGGUCCAACCUUGACGCCCCAGAGCCUUUCCGCAUUGGCCGUAUCAAGGAGAUCUUCUGUCACAGACGUAGCAAUGGGAAACCUGACAUGUCAGAUGUCAGACUGGGACUCUACAAGUUCUACAGGCCUGAAAAUACUCACAAAGGUGUCAAAGCCAGUUACCAUUCUGAUAUUAAUCAGCUGUACUGGAGUGAUGAAGAAGUGACAGUCCACAUGACUGAAGUGCUUGGACGCUGUCAGGUAGAAUAUGGAGAGGACUUGAACGAAUCAGUACAGGAAUAUUCCAGUGGUGGACCUGAUCGAUUCUAUUUCCUUGAGGCUUAUAAUGCAAAGUCAAAAAGCUUUGAAGACCCUCCCAAUCAUGCUCGAUCAGCUGUUCAUAAAGGAAAAGGCAAGGGCAAAGGGAAAGGUAAAGGCAAGGGCAAAGCAGCGGCGGCCCAGGAACCACAGGAGUCUGCAAGUGAUCAAACGCCUAAAGUGCCUAAAUAUCGCACACUUGAUGUGUUCUCUGGCUGUGGGGGGCUGUCUGAAGGCUUCCAUCAGGCUGACAUCUCAGAGACUCUGUGGGCCAUAGAGAUGUGGGAGCCGGCAGCACAGGCCUUUAGGCUCAACAACCCUGGCACAACCGUGUUCACUGAGGACUGCAACGUCUUACUGAAGCUGGUCAUGUCUGGAGAGAAGACCAACUCUCUUGGACAGAAGCUGCCUCAGAAGGGGGAUGUGGAGAUGCUCUGUGGAGGACCUCCCUGCCAAGGCUUCAGCGGGAUGAACCGCUUCAACUCUCGCACCUAUUCCAAAUUUAAGAACUCGCUGGUGGUCUCUUAUCUCAGUUACUGUGAUUAUUAUAGACCAAAAUUCUUUCUCCUUGAGAAUGUGAGGAACUUUGUCUCCUUCAAAAACUCCAUGGUCCUGAAGCUUACUCUACGCUGCCUUGUUCGCAUGGGCUACCAGUGUACCUUUGGCGUCCUUCAGGCUGGUCAGUACGGUGUCGCCCAGACCCGACGCAGGGCAAUCAUUCUAGCCGCUGCUCCCGGAGAGAAGCUGCCUCGCUAUCCUGAGCCUCUGCAUGUGUUUGCUCCCCGAGCUUGCUCUCUGAGUGUGGUGGUGGAUGACAAGAAAUACAUCAGCAAUGUCACACGGGGCAAUGGAGGAAUUUACAGAACAAUCACAGUUCGAGACACUAUGUCUGACCUGCCAGAAAUUCGCAAUGGUGCAGCUGCAUUGGAAAUUUCCUACAAUGGAGAGCCUCAGUCCUGGUUCCAGAGGCAGAUCAGAGGCACACAGUACCAGCCUAUCCUCAGAGACCACAUUUGCAAGGACAUGAGUGCUCUGGUGGAGGCUAGGAUGCGUCACAUACCCUUGGCUCCAGGCUCUGACUGGAGAGACCUGCCCAACAUUGAGGUCCGUCUCAAAGAUAACACCAUGACCAAAAAACUACGUUACACUCAUUUGGAUAAGAAGAAUGGACGCAGCAGCACUGGUGCACUUCGAGGUGUUUGCACAUGUGCCGAAGGGAAACCAUGUGACCCUGCUGACAGGCAGUUUAACACUCUGAUUCCCUGGUGUCUGCCUCACACUGGUAACCGCCACAAUCACUGGGCUGGCCUUUAUGGCAGAUUGGAGUGGGAUGGCUUCUUCAGUACAACCGUUACCAACCCUGAACCCAUGGGCAAGCAGGGCCGGGUUCUGCAUCCUGAGCAGCACAGGGUGGUCAGUGUAAGGGAGUGUGCACGUUCUCAGGGCUUCCCUGACACCUACCGCUUCUUUGGAAACAUCCUCGACAAACACAGACAGGUUGGUAAUGCUGUGCCCCCACCACUGUCCAGAGCCAUAGGGCUGGAGAUCAAAAAGUGUGUCAUAGAGAGAAUGAAGGAGGAGCCAGCAUCAGAGAAUGUCAAGCAAGAAAACAUGGAGGUCUCUGAUUAAUCCUUCACUGCCCCCUGUUCCUUAUGUUGGGCAAUGACUUCUUUUUAAAUAAGCCGGCUUUCAUCUGAGUCACCAAGUGACCGCCGUGGACAUUCUGUGCAGUGCUGUUCAUGUUUUAAGUGUUUUUAAUCAUGUUGUUGGGAAAACGUUCGCCUUGGAUAAACUGUAUGUAGUUUUUAUAUGUAUAAUUUCAAUAAAGCUCUUAUGAAUGAA